AGUACGUUCAGACCCUAUGGAGCAAAGAAGAACUUAUUUAAUUUCUGUCAGUCUGAGUCCCCUUCUCACAAAUGAGAGGUUGUAAGAACAGAGCUCUGUUCUCUAUUAAUGGAAUUUUCUUCUGUUCUCACAGAUUUCCAAAGUUGAGAAUGCUGGCUAGAAAUGACUCAUUAGUGACUGAAUUUAUUCUUGCUGGAUUAACAGACCGUCCAGAGCUCCAGAAACCCCUCUUUUACCUGUUUCUAAUGAUCUACAUUGUCACCAUGGUGGGCAACCUUGGCUUGAUCACUCUUAUUUGUCUAAAUUCUCACCUCCACACCCCCAUGUACUAUUUCCUCUUCAACCUAUCUUUCAUUGAUCUCUGUUACUCUUCUGUUUUCACGCCCAAGAUGCUGAUGAACUUUAUAUCGAAGAGGAAUAUCAUCCCCUAUGUUGAGUGCAUGACUCAGCUGUUUUUCUUUCUCUUUUUUGUCAUCUCUGAGUGCUAUAUGUUGACCUCAAUGGCCUAUGAUCGCUAUGUGGCCAUCUGUAAUCCGUUGAUGUAUAAGGUCACCAUGUCCCAUCAGGUCUGUUUUGUGCUAACUUUUGCUGCAUAUUUGAUGGGAUUUGCUGGAGCCACUGCCCACACAGGGUGCAUGCUUAGACUAACUUUCUGCAAUGUUAAUAUCAUCAACCAUUACUUGUGCGACAUUCUCCCACUCCUCCAACUCUCUUGCACCAGCACCUAUGUCAAUGAGAUAGUAGUUCUCGUUGUUGUGGGAAUUAAUAUCACAGUACCCAGUUUUACCAUCUUAAUUUCUUACAUCUUUAUCAUCACUAGUAUUGUUCAUAUCAAAUCUGCUCAAGGGAGAUCGAAAGCCUUCAGUACCUGUAGCUCCCACAUCAUUGCUCUUUCUCUUUUCUUUGGGUCAGCAGCAUUCAUGUAUCUUACAUAUUCAUCUCCUGGAUCUAUGGACCUGGGAAAAAUUUCUUCUGUUUUUUAUACUAACGUGGUACCCAUGGUCAAUCCUUUGAUCUACAGUUUGAGGAACAAGGAUAUAAAAGUUACACUGAGGAAAAUCCUGUUUAAAAUCCAGAGGAGAAACUUAUUCUAAUUCAAAGCAGCAAUGAUGUAAAGAAAUUCAAUUUAUCAUUUAAUUUUAUUGGUGUUUUUAUUGGUGUUUUUCAAGAGCAUGGUUUUUAUAGCCAUGUUGCUUCUUCAGAUUGUGUUAUAUGUGGUGUAAUAGACUUGUGUUAUUAUUUACAUUAUAGCUGAUCUGCCCUCAUUUUUUGCCUGAGUAUCUCUUGCACCUCAUACCAGUUUACUAAGUAACUAAUAACAUGUUUAUAAAAUGAACAAAUACACUGAUCUUUUUUUCCCCUAUGCUAUCUCUUGGGUUAUUCCUAAUCUGGACAAAUGAGGCUUCACAAGUCAUAGAAUGUUAAAAUUACAGCUUACUCACCUAAACACAGAAGUGCCAAGCGCUAUAGAAGCUUUCCCAAUCUUAUCAAUAUUAUCGCUGGUAUAGGCAACAGGAUUCAAUGAAAUGUCUUCAUUAUAAACUGUGUAUUUAGCUUAAAGUAUAAUCAGAUCCCUCUGAUCUUUUCCUUUUGUUCUAUUUUUCUUACCAACUUGCUUUUUAUAUUCUGUCCUUUAUUGUUCCCUUUGAGAAUGGCAAAAUCUGUACCACAUACCGCCUGGUUUUGAAAGCGUUUAUCAGCCCAGAUCAUUUAAUAUUGAAGAGAACACAUAUAACACCACCUUUUAUUGCCAAAGAUAGUAUUAACAGAGUAUGAUUAAAGGUAUAAUAUAUAUAUAUAUAUUUGGAUCUCAAUAAAGUGAGGUAACUGGUUUAUUAUAAAAUUUGCAUUCCUUUUAUCUAAAAUGACAUCAAAUAUUUUGAAAAAGAGCAUGAAGUUCUUACUGUAGAACUUUGUUAUUUAUCUCUUAAAGGAAAAUACUGCACAGUAAGUUGCAAGAACAUGUUACACAUUGUUUUACUUAUCUAAUAAGAUUUACCAUGUAAAAAGAUGUAUAUUAAUGACAAUAAACUAUAUCCCUAACAACAUUUUGUGACUAAGACCUGUGUCUUAGUCCAUUUGAGUUGCUAUAACAAAAUAUCACAGACUCAGUGGCUUACAAACAACAGAAAUUUAUUUCUCACAGUUCUGGAGACUGGAAGUCCAAGAUCAAGGCGCCAGCAUAAAUGAGUGAGGGCCCUCUUCUGGGUCAUGCACUUCUCAUUAUAACCUUACAUGGAGGAACGGGUCAGUGAUCUCUGUGGAGCCUCUUUUAUAAGGCAGUAAUCCCAUUCAUGAGGGUUUCAUCCUUAUAACUUAAACACAUCCUAAAUGGCCCACUUCCUAACAUCAUCACUUUUUGCAGUGAAGGUUUCAUAGCACCGUGUCUCACCAAUAAGAUAAUAAACAUAUUUAAAGUAGAUGCUGUUUCUUAUAAUUUCCCUAUUUCUCCAAUGCUUUUCCCAUUUGUAUAUUUAGAAUGUCAGACAUAUUUUGAAGGCGAGAAAUACUUGUUGAAUUGUCUUAUCUGUGUUUAAAUGACCACAAUAAUAAAUAAAUAAAGCAGAAAGAACUUUGGGGUAUGAUUUAUUUUUGGGGGGUGGAUUUGACAGCAAUGGAUGUACUGUUUAGCUCCUUUUCAAGAGAGCCAGCUAUGAGGAGCUUCAUUGAUAAAAGUCCACAGCUGAUACGCCUUUGGAUCCACCAUAGUGUUCAGGCAGAGUCCACUCUUACUCUGAGAUGUCCCAGCCAUGUUUACCAUGGUGAGGAA